UGCUUUCUUCUUCUUCUUUUUUCUUUUUUCCCCUUUCUCUUUUUCUUUUUGAGUAUUUGCAGUCUGUGUUUUCUGUGUUUUUCUCUCUUUCGUGGAGGCUUGCUUGUUGUAUCCUUGGCUCUCGGCCGUUACUUUAUCGCCAUCAUAAUAUUGGGCACCAUUGCCCCGCCGGCGUUUGGUCUGCGAUACAAAAUAAAAAUUAAUUCAACAACAACAACGUCGUAGAUCUACUGGCAGAUCUAUCAACACCCUUUUCCCGGACUUGGCACCCAAAGUACAUCUACUCCAAGUGAUUUCUUCGUCCCUGACAUAGCCACAGGCACUGCCAGUAUGUCUGUGAGUGCGCACAACGAGUACUCGACGCUGGUAGUGGUGAUAACAAGUGCGUUGCUGGUGUACAACGGCUGCCGGUCAGAAGUAGUGCGGUACACGGGGCAAGCGUUUCAGUCUCAACUGGAACAAUUCGCCGACGAUGCGUUGGGAGUCACAGCAAUGCAGAGUGGGUUUCAAUCAGCCGCACGCACAUCACCUGCCCCAGUGAGCGGAUCAGUUGCUCUGAACCAGCUGGCAAGCAAUGUGGCAAGUAGGCUCCAGACCCGCUUUCGUGUUGCACGCAAUCUCCAAUCAGCUGCCAGAGGUGCGUAUAGUCAAGGUCGCACCAGAGAAACUGAACCGCUGUGCUGCAGUGUGAGAAGUUCUGAUGUCGUCUUUGACUCUCGCUUCAACACGACGGUGACACCCGCACAGAGCUGUGACAGAAUUUCCGCCACGGCUUCUACGUACCGCAGCACUAUCAGCGUUACGUUCCGACAAGCAGCCGCCAGCAACCUAGCCGAAGUCCCCGAGGUGAAGUUUCAGUACUACGGAUCUGAGGAAGGCUAUGCAACAAUAUUUCCCGGCUUCAACACAUCCGACUGCUCCUCCUAUGACCCCAGAUACAGGCCAUGGUAUGUUGCUGGUGCAGUGCCGGCUGAUAAGGAUGUGCUGAUAGUGGUGGAUACGAGUGGCUCCAUGGGUGCAAUUGUCUCCGGCACAGCGAAGACCCGCCUUGACCUUGCCAAGGAUGCCAUCUUGUCCAUUCUUAGUGUUCUCUCUGACCGGGACAGGAUAACUGUUCUCCCAUUCAACUCAAGGCCAGAUAACAUUGCCCCUGCAUCUAGCAACUUGUCUUGCUUCAACAACGCACUGGGACAGGCAACGCCGUACAACAAGCGCCUACUGCGCUACCAUGUUGACAGACUAGUCGAAGGCGGCAGUACGUAUUACGGCACUGCCAUUAAGAGAGCAUACGAGAUUUAUGCAAACACUCCUCAAAUACCCAAUAGAGAUCGAGUGAUUCUGUUUCUGUCUGAUGGAGUACCGACCGAUUCGGAGGGUACCAUACUGGCCGAGCAGGAGAGGGCAGCACGCCAGUUCAACUACAGCAUAGUCGUACUCACCUAUGCCAUGGGAAACAAUGUUCGCUCGGGUGAGGUGACGCUACGGAAAAUGGCUUCCCAGAGCUAUUCCAGUCCUCUUAGUGGUGUGCAGCGAGCAUUAGGAGAGUAUCGGCUGGUCUCCAAUUUUCAGAAUCUGCGUGCCAGUCUCACAAGAUUCUAUUCGUUCUUUGCAUCGGAGGACACAUCAUCGUCAGUGAUUUAUACGAAUCCCUAUUACGAUGCGUUUGGGCUAGGGGUGAUAUUGACUGUGGCCGCUCCCGUGUACACGUUUGGCGGUGCGACGGGUUCCACUCCCGUUCUGCGUGGCGUAGUCGGUGUUGACAUCACUAUCACCGACCUGUUUGGCGACAUCUCCUAUUUCUCCGACGACGAGCAUCAGUAUGCGUUCAUGAUCAACACGGAAGGCCAUGCAAUUCUGCAUCCGCUUCUCAACCAGCCAGCAGACCUGUCCUCUGACCCAACCUUCCAAGACAUCACCUUGCUGGAAGUCGAUGCUGCGUUCCGUGACCAGAUAUAUUACGAGAUGCGGGCAAAAACACCAGGACAUGCUGUGAUCAAUGCGACACGCUUUGUGACCUCUGGCAUCAGUCCGUACGAGGGAGCUCAGGCCACCACGGUCCUAUCAUCUUAUGAUUGGAAGCCGGUGGAUGGCACAUCAUUCAUACUCUGUGUUGUUCUAAACAUGGACCUUUCCCGGGAAGUUGCCAGCAUAUCACCACAGCCUGCUCCGAGAUCAGCUGGUACUGUGUAUCAUCGACUGGACCUGAUAACAACGUCAACACCGAAAUGCAAUCAGUUCGGAAGGGUGGCAACAGGUGAUGUGAGCGCUGUAAAGUUUUCGCCAGAAGCUUUCCUGGACCCAUCGUACUACCUGAAUGUUCCAGAGAACAAGACUGGAGUCUCACAGUACCUGGCCUACCUUGAUGGCCGCAGUUCAUACAAUCCAUACUUCAAGGUCACAGUGAAGGAUUAUGUACGCCUGACAGCUCUGCUUGACUCUGUGUGGAAAUUAGCAUCAAUUGAUUACACGCAGUCUGUUGUGUGGAGAUACAUCGGAACCAUUGGUGGUGUGUUUCGCAUCAUUCCUGGAACGCAACUACCGACCUCUUAUGAUCAUUUGAAACGUGGCUGGUUUACUCGGUCCAUCAACAAUCCAGGACAACUGAUCCUCUCCUCUCCUUAUCUGGAUGCGUUCGGCGCUGGAUUUGUGGUGACGCUGGGAACUACAAUCACUCAAUCUGUCAAUCAGUCAAGCAUAUCAGCAGUCGGAGCAGUGAUGGCUGUGGACUUCACGCUGGGGUAUCUGGACGAAGUGCUGCAGAGAGUCUAUCCGCCUAGGGCUGGAUUGAGGUACAUAAUCAUUGACUCUUCAGGUUACUUAGUAUUCCACCCAGACUUUCUCACCGAUGCCAGGAGUCCAGAAUGGGUGCAUCUUGGCCACAAGGAGCCGUUUGUCAUGAGAGAUCUUCUCCUCAAGGGGGUGCUACAGAAGCAGAGCUGUGCACGCUAUGAUGCCUUCAGUCGACACGUUACAUACAAGAUGGUGCUGCCUGGUGGUGCCACCUCCUUCUCCAGCACGGCUGAUUGCUUCUCCAGCACAGUAUCCUAUCAGUUUGAGCAAGUUGAUAACUCCAAUGUGUACGUAGGCUUCUUGAGCAGCAGCAGCUGUAGUCGUAAGGAUGGCACACUAUACCAGUCAGCAUGCUCUUGCCCAACGUUCAACGGGCUCGGUCGGUGUUCUUCAGUAACAGUGCAGACCUGUGAAUGCCCAUGCACAGUUGACCUGCCCGUCUCUGCAUGCAACAACUCCUUUCCUGAACAAUCACGCCAAUACAAUGUGUGCCCAGCAGAAAUCUUCGCACUGCCUGUAGUGCCUCGCAAGGCAGGAUCAGUAUCAGGACUGAGCAAGUGUUCCGACAAUCCAUGCGCCACCAUUUCCAGAUCCGGGUCUUGUCGAGCAUCUGUCGGUUGUGAGUGGUGUACCCGAGAUAUACGGGAGACUGAACUGGAAAGAUCCUUCUGCUCAACCGACUGCUACUGCUUUCAAGGCAUCGUGGGACGCCAGAAUCCUAACGCUGGGUGCGAUGCAGGUUCAAGAGAUGGACAGGGAGGCGGCAAUAAUGACAGUGGUGGCAGUGGCCAAGUCGUGUCUAUGUUCGGUCUACUGAUCCCGAUGGUAGUCUGUGUGGGCACAGCUCUAUUCCCAUGAUAUAGCUACCUGACCACUGUGCUACACACAAUAACGUUACUCCCGAAGCAGUUGACCAAUUGCACUCACGUGUAAGCACACUGACUCACAACUAACAUACAGUAUCUAGUUUGCUAUUAGCCUUCAUUUGCCCUCAUUGCCAACACCCAACCUCUUGAUUUAUUACCAGAAACAGUGCAUGUGAGCAGCAAGAACCAUGCAACAGCUUUACGAUUGACACGAUUUACGUAUGCGAGAUUUUUGAAGACAUUGAAGGAUUUCAUGACACAUUUCUGUUUUGUAAGAGGCGACUUACAUGUGGUUCCUCUGCAGAAAGACAAUCAUGAACAAGUGUGUGCCUGCUUCAUACAACCUUCACUCAGUCAAGAGCUAACCGCAAGCGCACCCUUUGCACAAUAUCGAAUUGCCGCAUAUAUUUAGAUACCGGUAUUUACCUCUUUUAUAGAGCAAUUCUAGACAAAGCUAAGGCUUAACCUGCUGCAUUCAUUAGGGAUUUUAUCAUUUCACUUCUAGAAUUCCACAAGAAAAUGUGGCCACCCUGCCUAGCUAUCAUUGUUGGGAUGCUUUUCUCUGAGAAGUAUCUCAUGAAAUCAAUUUGGAAACUUUUACAUUUAACCAUGAGUUUUUAUUAUAAUUUUGUAGAUUGGGCAUUGGAGACGUGCUACAGCAUGGUAUUACUUUUGUUACGUUCAAUGUCCACCUCACUGCAAUACUAUUCAUUGAUCUAACAUUAAUAAAUCUCUCAGGUUGUCUCCACGUCA